CAAAGAGAGAGAUCCAAUGCUACGCAACAGGAGCUCUCUCGUUGACACCGGCGUUGUUGAGGGUCGGUCCACUAAAAGGAGAUUUGCAGUGAUUCACAGUAGCAAUUCAAAUCUUGCUGUAAUGGACGGAUAAUAAUGCGUGGGUACCACUACGAGCAGCUGGAGUUGUGUAGCCAGUCCAGUUUUUCUUUUGGUGGGCUGGUUGGCGACACUGUCGUCACUCGUUCGUUCCCCCGUGCCUUCUUUCCCACCUGAAGCAAGGACGAAACUUGGUCCCCUCCAGCACCUAAAAGAGAAGUGUCCCGUCCCUCUACGAACACAAACGUCAUUCCUGAUUCCUUCUCCUCCAUCAUACAAACCUGACUUCCUCGCUCUCGACGAGACUCUUUCAACCAUCAUCACCUCACCUCACCUCACAUCACUUCACUCGUACUGAACUUUUAGCACUCUCAAGGUACGUUUCACAUGCCUUAUCCUGGACCUAGUCUGCUGCCUCUGACGGGGUCGCUCGUUUCGCUUGACUUGCCUGUUCCUCUCACACGACCACUCACCUCGCUCCCCCGACCGGACGCCCCUUAAGUCUGUUUUUAGUCACCUAUCGGCUCAGACGAAAAAAACGUUGCAGCUCUGUUGUAGGUCCAGAGACGGGGAGCGGAGCGAGCUAGAAGUCGCUACGUAGCAGUAGCUUGUCAGCGUCGUCCCCUUGUCCUUUUUUACCCUGCAUUAAACAAACAAACCAAGCUGUCCAAAAUUUCUCUGGCCACUUUCGCUCACGCCGCUUUUCGCUUUCUAGAGAACAUCUUCUUCCGAUUCACCUCCUAUUCUCGUUCCCAUACUUUCACCUACAACUCCACGACGGUACUUUCAGCGAGCGCACCACUUCUCUACACAUUCUUCACACUAAACCGUCGAAAUGGCUGAUUCCACCUUGGCCGCCAACGGCAACUCUCUUCUUGAGACCACCAAGACCAACGCCGCUGCUGCGUAUCAAUCCGUCGCCAACGGCCCUGUGGCUCAGAACGUCUACGAUCACACUCAGAAGGCCUCCAACGAGCUCUCUAACCUUGCUGCUGCUCGACGCACUCCCGCGAAUCCCGCUGCUACCGGCCAGCCGCUAACUCACUACCACUCAUUCUUUUCUGAGCUUCUUUCAUGGAACAACCCUCGCGCAUCUGCCAUUGCUUAUGUGACUAUCAUCGGUGCUAUCUUCACUGCGCGAUACCUGGAUCUUCUCCGAUGGGGACUUAAGGUUUCGUGGAUGAUUCUUGGUGUAACCAUUCUUGCCGAGGUUCUUGGCAAGGCCAUUCUCAACAACGGCCUUGCUACUCAGGUUCGCCCUCGUCGAUACUACACAGUACCUCGCGAGACUCUGGAUGCCCUUAUUGGGGACGUUCACGAGCUCAUUAACUUCUUUGUCAUCGAGGCCCAGCGAAUCAUCUUUGCCGAGAACGUUUUUGCUUCCGCCGCCGCUUUCGUCGCCGCUUUCAUUUCAUACUACCUCGUCAAGCUUGUUCCUUACUGGGGACUUGCUCUCAUCGGUACCACCGUCGCCUUCGUCGUUCCCCUUAUCUAUACAUCCAACCAGGAGCUAAUUGAUGAGCAACUCCACCACGCUUCCGAGCUCAUCAACUCCCAGACUGCUCAGAUCCAGAGCGUCGCUUCGAAGCAGAUGGAACAGGUCUCUAACAUCAGCAAGCAAUAUGCUGGUGACUACAGCGGCAAGGUUCAGGACCUUCUUCGUGGCAAGACUCCUUCUCGCCAGAAGAUUGACAAGCCUGAGCAGCCCAUUUCUGCCAAGCAGCCGGAGUUUCCCUCUCCUCCCACUGAGGACCCCAUCAAGUCCACAGAGGCUCCUCAGAUCCCUACCCCUGCCGCUCUCAAGGAGGAGCUGAAUGCGCCCACCGCUAUCGAUACCGCAACCCCUGAGCUCCCUCACGAGGACGUUGUCCCUAGCAAGGAGCCCAUGCUUGCUUCUUAAGUGACUAAUAGGAGACGCGCCAUGUGUACACGAGCUCAGAAGGCUAAGCUGCCCUGAGCAAUGAAUAUGUUUUACGGCAUUUUGGGGCGUAUGUCGAUCCUUGAAUUAGGAGCAAGGGUUGUUCAGAUUGGACUCGGGCGUGAAAUGGUUUCUUGGGAGCAUUCUUUAACACGCAAUGCGACGACGAUUGUUGACGUUGAUGAAGGGUGGUUAAAAUACGGAUUGAGCGGGCAGAUGCUGAUGUCAGGGAGAGUAUUCCUAUGGAAACUCUUGAUUAAUACGUAUGGGAGGACAUCGCAUCUGGCCUGUUGCUUGUUUUUGUACGUUUGUGUCUCGAGGAUAGGUGUUUAGGAUUGUUACUGUGUAGCUUGCUGAAGCAAAUGCUAUUCACUCAACUUUUAAACAUACUGAAGAAUUCUGCCAUGUGCACGUUACCUACAUUAGGUUCGUCAUCAGACCCGGGAGUUGAAUGUCCAAGUAAUGCUAUUGUGCUGUCUUGAAGGAGGUUUUUAUACUAUGUGAAAUGCAA